GAGUAACUCGCGCCCUACAAGAACACCACGAUGUUGUUGCACUGUCUCUGAUACGACCGUCAAUCGCCGAAUGGUGGCACUGCGUAUACUCCCCAAACGCCGAUGGAGACUAGCUAGCUAUCCCCGCAUCAAAUAUACUGAAGACUGGAGUAGGUCACUACUAGAGUUUAGUGAGGAGAUGACGGUCGGCGAACCCCGCUUCCCCGGAUUCUAACAGUGAGCCCUAAGUGUUGGAGUAUGAUAGUCUGUACUCCAUGGCAUAAAAUGGAAGCCCUACGUUGAUAUCAGCCAGGUUCUGCACUCCAAUACCAUUUUAUGUUUAUUGGUAUCAUUCAACUCCUUUUAUACAAAAGCGCACCCAGCCAUGGGCCAUGAUAUCGAGGAACAGCCCCAAACCGGCGAAAAAGAGCCUGUCCAGCACCCUCACCCAACUGUCGACAAUGAAAAAGGCGAGGUAACUCCCCUACAAACCAACAAACUCGCCCGAAGGUUGUCUGCGCGGCAAGUCUCUAUGAUUGCCAUUGGAGGCACAAUCGGCACGGGUCUGUUCCUGGGUACGGGCAAGAGUCUGGCCACUGGCGGACCUGCAUCAAUGCUGUUAUCAUAUGUGAUUUGUGGUGGCAUUAUAUUCGUCACUAUGCUUUGCCUGGGCGAGAUGUCGGCGUUUAUCCCCGUCUCCGGGUCGUUUUGUUCAUAUGCAGGGCGAUCUGUAGAUGAUGCUCUUGCGUUCGCGCUUACCUGGAACUACUGGUUCAACGAUGCAGUGUCAACGGCCUCGGAUACGCUGGCAUUGCAGCUCUUGAUGGAGUUCUGGACGGAUAAUUGUCCAGGCUGGGCGAUCAGCCUUAUUUUUCUUCUCCUUAUAAUCGGGUUCAAUCUGUUCUCUGUCCGUGUGUAUGGCGAGAUCCAAUACUGGCUGAGCCUGCUCAAGAUUGUGGCCAUUAUCGCAUUUAUUUUGGUGGGAAUUGCUGUCAACUGCGGUGCCAACACUGAGCACAAAUACAUAGGAGACCAAUACUGGCAUCUGGACGAGGCCCCGUUUGUCGGUGGCAUAGGUGGCUUUGCUUCAGUAUUUGUGACAGCCUCAUUUGCAUACGGCGGGACCGAGUCCAUCGCCGUCACAGCCGGCGAAACCAAAGACGCAGCAAAAGUGAUCCCCCGCGUCGUCAAAAACGUCUUCUGGCGUAUCCUCCUUUUCUACGUCUUGUCAAUCAUCAUCGUCGGAUUCGACGUGCCCUACAACUACCCCAACCUGGACGAGAAGACGUCAAGGACCAGUCCGUUUACAGUGGUCUUCGAUAAAGUCGGGAGCAGCGUCGCGGGUAGCUUCAUGAAUGCUGUGAUAUUUACCAGUGCGCUCUCUGCUGCUAACCACGCGUUGUUCGUUGGGUCAAGGCUGCUAUACACGCUCGCCCUCGAGGGUCACGCCCCUCGGGUCUUUGCAAAGUUAAACCGGUUUCAGAUACCCUGGCUUGCUGUGUUGGGGACUUCUGUUAUCAGUGGGCUAUGCUUUGGGGCGAGCUAUAUCGGGGCCGGCCAGUUGUGGGUUUGGUUACAGAACAUCGUCGGCGUAUCCAACCAAGUCUCCUGGGCCAUAAUCGGCAUCACUUCAUUGCGUUUCCGCGCCGCAGUUCGCAAACAGAACCUCGAGCACCUCCUGCCCUUCAAAAACUGGACAUAUCCCUACGGCCCAAUCCUCACGAUAAUACUGAACAUCGUUCUCAUCCUGGUCCAGGGCUGGACGAGCUUCAGCCCCAUGUUCAAGGCUGUGGAUUUCUUGUCGUUCUAUGUCCAGAUUCCGAUACUGCUUGCUAUGUUGUUGGGCUGGAAGCUGUUUAAGAACACGAAGAUUGUGCAGCUGGGGCAGAUGGAUUUGGUUACGGAUCGGUAUGAUUUGGGAAGGGAAGACAGAGCUGCUGGUCUGGGUGAUAAUGGGAACAGGAAGAAAUGGGUGAAGAGAGCGAAGCAGUAUGUGGGAUAUGUGUUUUAGGGGAUCAUUGAACGUAAAUAUUGAUGCAAUGUAUUUGGGAUGACC